AUGGUUGGACUAGAUGAUCUUCUAGGUCUUUUCCAACCUUGAUAAUUCUGUGAUUCUGUGAUUCUGUGAGAUCAUUUGCAUGGUUUCAGCAGGAGGACAAAGCCCACCUUACUUCUCCAUCUAGUACCACACCGUUUUGUAUAAAUAGGACCCAUCUUUAAGUUAGAAGAGUUUAUCUGAGGAACACACAGGGCAUCAAAACAUUUUGAACCACAAUUACAACAACUCAUUCUGCACGGGGAGGUGCCGAUGCCUUACGAUCUCAGUGACCACGGUCAGCAAGUUGCCAGUGGCCGUAUCACAGUAGGGGGUGGGGCAGUGGAAGCCAUGCCACAGAGGAGGGGUUGUGUGACACAGCCUUACAGGGGUACAAUAGGGGAGGUGGGGUAGAUGGUCCGUGCACUCUGGUGUAGCAACUGGAGAGCGAGCACAAGGAUGAGCUUGCACGUGAGCUUUGCCAAAGAGAAGCCAUGCACCUGCAUUAAGCGGACCAAAUUGCGUUUCUGGGAUGGGAUGCAACAAGGCUCCCUCGUGUCACGCAUCACUGCCAGAGGUACAGGCUUGCCCAGCUACCACAGGAACUGUGUGACCAGCAGUGGUGGCAUCUCAUGGGCGAGACCCAGCACUGUGGUCAUCUCAGGGGGAAUCUCAAUUACGGGCUGGAGACAGUGACACCGCUUAUUGUCAGCCGUCAAGACCCAGCUCUGGCGUUGCUGUAACGCUGGAAGCCAACAGACACACAGGGUGACCAGGUUUUCCUCUUCUUUCUAGAGCGAACAGCUAUCUGGGAUGCGCUGGCUGUCUACAUCCAAAACAACUCCUGCUGCACAAGGUGGGUCAGCACCUGUUUCCUGCCGGUCCCCUUGGAGAGCUGGGCAGUCCCCUUGGCCCUGGGCUGUGCGAUGCAGUGACUCUUCCCCUCCCCAGAAUGCAGGAAAACCACUCCAAAAUUCCCUGAGGCACCAAUGGACCUCACACACAUCUGGUAGCACUCAUGGUAGAUGUUGUAUCUCAGGGCUAAUCCUGGUUGCUCAUAGUCCACAGAGACCCUCAAUCUGCUUCUGCUCCACCUGCAGUGCUGCAUUUUUGAGAGGGCAAGGGGAAGAGAAGGACUGGGAAGCUUUCUCCUAGACCCCUUCCUCUAGCCAGCCCUUAACCUUCAGCUGUUCUGUUCCCUUCCACUUUAGGGGGUCCGAAUUCCAACUCUUGGCUCCUUUGAUGUUGUCCCAGUCAAGACCAGUGAUGAGGCUUUGGCUAUGCCAAGACCUGAAUUUCGUCUGGCCAUGAAUCUUGUAUAUGCUCACGGCCAUAUGGAUGAUGCAGAGUACCUGCCCAGCCAUAAGGUGUGUGAGCUUGUUCAGUACGCCACAGUGGCUGAAACUGCCUCUGUGUCCUGGGAGGAAGCAGAGAGCUGUGUCCGAGGCAUCACAUCCCUCAUGGCUCACUGCCUGCAGAAGGGGGAGAACGUCGCCCUUGUGCUGAAGGACGUGGGAGUGCUGCUCAUUGAAGGCACAAGGGUGCAAAUGAAAUUUUAUUAUGAUUUCCUAGAGAGAUUGUGUGGGAAGGAGAACCUGCGGGAGGCUGUUUUCAAGAUCCCCCGACUGCUGGACAUGAUUGUAUCCCGGGUGGCAGCGGUGGCCUCCCUGACACUCUCAGGACGUGUGAUUAUCUUUCCUGAAUAUGUGAUGGAGACUAUGCCCAAACCACCACCCAGGAAACCCAUCAAAGAAUCAGGAAAAGAGAGUUCUCCAUCUCAGCGCCGGAAAAAGAAAGGCAAAAGAGCUGCGAGCUCCAAGCACCGGCAUCGAACUCAUGAUAUUACAGAAAAUGGAGACUUGCAGCCCCAGGACAAAAAGGCGACAGAGAGGAGGAAGUCUCCGGUCGGUCGUCUGCCACCAGUGCCAGGGGCAUCCUCUACCAAAAAGCAGCCUGGUUCCAGAAAAAUCCAGGCUGCAAAACCUCAGAAGUUCAGAAAAGGGAGAGGAAAGAAGACAGCUCCCUGUGAUGGUGGAUGGCCUGGAACAGCAAUGCCUUCACACCAGUGCGGAGACCCAGUUCUGAGCGCUGAACACUACUACAGCGUGUUCAGGGUGCAACCACCAAGAGUGGAGACAUCACCAUCACUGAACUCGAGGCCUGAGAAGUUCUGGUCCGUGCUUCAACAACCGCAGAAGAAUAUAUUGUCAGGAUACAACUUCAACACCUCCUGUCUGUGUCCAAUCCCAUAUGAGGCAUCCGGCUCAAUGCAGCACCGCAUACCCAUAGCAGGGCUCCCCAACCCAGGCACGCCCAUGUCACUGUGAUCAGGGCUUUGGGUGCCCAAAGCACAGGCAGCAAAUCAGGUCCGUGAUUCCCACCAGGGUCAUUCUGGAAUGCUAUCUCUUUGUAUAAAGGCAGAGUUAUAGAGACAGCAGAGUCGCUUUAAUGACUCUUCAGUUCUGAUUCAUGAUGGAUAUUUUCCAGGGUUGUCAUACUCAGCACACCAAGGCCCAUGAUUUGGCAGCAUUUGGAAGACCUAGAUAAGCAUGAGGUGGCUCUGGGCCAGAGAGGAGAAUGUUUCUUGCCACCUCAUUGCUCCUUCAGCUCCCUGGUGGGAAAGGGAAGGGUUUUUGGGUGGGCCUGGCAUAGCUUAGGAGCAAAACGCUGCUUCUAGAUGCCUUCUUGGCAAGGGGUAAGGAGGGAUAGAAAAAUGGUUGCUUUACCCUCAGUGUCCUGACCUGAAGCCAACCCCAGAGUCUGCGUGUGGGCAAGAAACUCCCCAACCCUGCACUCUUGUUUCACAAGACCUUUUCUUCUUUUACCAAAAUUAAUCUGUCUUUGGAACGAUCAUGGAAAUGGAUGAAGAAGAAUAAAACACAUACCUUGCAGAAGAUGGUGGAGUUUUCACUUGUUCCCAGUGCUCUUCCUCAGGAAUGGGAAUGAGGGUUUUCACAGUUGGGCUGUGGCUCUGAAAUGAGCCCAACAUGCAGCUGGAAGUGGGUCUGUCUCAGGCAGUCCUCUGGGACGUUUUGCAUCACAGACACCUUUCCUAUGGCCUCCAUGGAAAGCAGCACCCUGUGUUUGGGGUGUCAGAUGGAAGUGGGAUCUCAGAGUCAGAGGGAACUGACCACAAACAAAAUGCUGCUCUUUAUUAUACAUCCCAAGCUGCUGAGUAUACAGGAGCUCCUGGCCCCAUGCACUCUAGUUGCAAGAGUGAAAAACAUAUGAAUGCCUCUGGUGUCCCCUGGGCAUGGUGCAGGUUGUGCUGAGGGUGACACAGGAAAUCCUCCUCAUCCCUUGCCUGGCCACUGUCCACAUCCUUUGCCAGGUAGCCCUGUGGUUUGUGGAGAAAUCCAAGGGCCACCUGGCUACUGCCAUCAACCAACAGUGUCACCAGACAUCCCACUAUCACACCUGGCCUGGACUGCUGCCACCAGUACUGCUGCUGCCACCAAGGCUGGAAAAGCCAUCAGUGCUGCUUCCACUAUCAGGGAGAUGUUGGAAGAGGUGACCAACCACCUCUAGAUCCUCGUGGCUGCUGCCACCCACAACCUGGAGGUGACCCAAGAUUUUCCUGUCAUUGCCUGAGCCUUGGGGAACACUGUGGUGGCCUUAGGGACAGCCCUGAAGGAUGGGGGGAGGGGGACCAAGUGCUGGAGAGUCUGCCAAGGGACCUGUCCCAGGAUUGGGACAUCAGGAUGUCCCUGUGUCCUAUCUGGGGGUGCCCUCCUUGUCUGGAGGACAACUUAUGUCUCCUGUCCUGUCGAGGACAGUGGGGAUCUCUGGUGACACAAGAGCCUGUGGGCAUAGGGGACAACUGGGUGACACUGUCCCAUGUCCCCCAAUAAUCUUCAAGGACACACUGAACUCUGAGCCUCCAGUUUGUCACUUGAGGUUGGGGAUACAGUGGCUACAUGGGGACAGCAGGAGAGGGAAUGCCCAGAAACAUUCCUGCUAAAGAUCUCUGGACUGACCCCAAGAAUGCAAGUCACAGGGGACAUUGUUGGGACAUUCCAGGACAGCACUGGGGAGACUGGGGAGGUAUUGGGGAAAAAAUGGAGGUCACCGCUGGGGCUGUGCUGGGAAUAUGCUGAGGACAUCCCGGGGUCUGGGAGACAUCAGGGGACACUGGCGGCAGUGGGUGGUCAGGAGGUAAGGAAGAAAAGUGGGGAAAAAAACCUCCAAAAAUGUGGAAAUACCCUGGAAAAGGGCACAUCUCCCUCCUGGAAAAUCAGAAGCAGAACAGAAGGUGACAUGUCCCACACAUUGUGUUUGCAGCCAGUCGUGCUCUGCUCUGCAGGAGGUUCUUUCCCAUGGAAGGGCUGGAGCUGGAGCUCCAGUCUGCAGGUCUCUGGGGGGCCACUGCAAACCUUGGGACCCCACCCCCUAUGGGAUGCCCGUAUGUCCCCCCAGGGCCCCUCAACCUCCACGAGACACCCUUGACCCCUCCAAAAUCCCCUAAAGUCAAUGAGAUCUCCAACCUCAGUGGGACUCCCCAUAUCCUCUCAAAUCCAGUAAAGCCUCCUGGAAAAAGAUAGGACCCAUGGGAGCCCACAGAUCCUCCCAGUCCUUGUUAGGACUCCCCCCAGUAAAACAGGAGCCCAGAGAGCCCCACAACCCAAUGGGACCCCCAACCACAAUGGGACUCCCCAAUCCUCCCAAACCCAACAAUCAUAUAGGAGUCCCCAUCCCAAUGAGAGACCUCCAAACCUUCCCAACUCCAGUAAGACCACCUCCCCAAAAAGUCUGGACCUUGACGAGCCCCUAGACCAAAUGGGACACCCCCAUUAUCCCACUCUACUGAAGCCCCAAAUCCCUCCCGUCUUCUCCUGACAUCCCCUGAUGGUUUUGGUACACCCAGAGUCACCCCCAUUGCUCCCUCCCUGGUGGUUCCGUGCCCCCAUGUCUCCCCAGUCCCUGUCCAAGUGGCUCUGGGACCCCAAUAUCAUCCUCAGUAUCCCCUUUGUUCCCUCCCCAGCUGCUCUGGGUUCCCAGUGCAAAAGUCAUCACUGAAAAAAUCUCAAUUGUGUUUCUUCAUCAGGAACUUCAGCACUUUCUCACAUCUUGAUUAGAAAGAAAACAAAAACAGGAAAAAUAAACUGCAAGUCAGUUGGCUGCUGAGGGGUACAAGUUGUUCUCCCCAAACUCACUGUAAACGACAGUAACUUUGGUUAAAAUAAAA